UGGGUUGUCAACUCUCCAGCUGAAAAGGCGAUGGCUGAUUCAACUAACCUACCAAUAAGACAGCAGAUGGUCUCUAAUCACGUCCUUCAUUGCAUACUUCGAUGACCAACUUUUUGGACGACCAGCCCUUGGCGAAAUCUGAGCCUUGAUCACCUGCUGACAUUGGCUUCGUGGGUUAUUCUUCCUCAGUGAUAACCAAGGAAAACGAUAGCCGGCCCCUUGAACAAUGGUUUUGCCUCCGCGGCAGUUCCAGUUUAGCCACACGCUAGCAGUCCCACUGCGCCCUUUGGGUUUGGGGAGAAGAAGCCAAGUUGACUUGGAAAGAGGUCGUAAUAACCUGCCUGAGAGACUUUACGAGGCUUCCGAGCCACAUCUACUCUACCUCCAUGGUCUGAAGAAUGGUCCCGUCACGGCCGCCACGGUGUACCUCUCGACUCUACAGCGGAUGUGUCUCCAUGACCUACAGGCCGAGCUUGUUGAUGUUGUGUCUCAAAUAUUUCGCGAAAAGAGGGCGACAAAACAGAUGAUGGACGAUGCCCGCGACCUACUGCAGAAAUUCAGUACGGCCUCCUCUCCAGUUCUUGUAACAGUUUGUGGGAUUCGACUCAUCAUUUACUUCACUGAAGCAAGCUGUCUGCGCGACUACGAUUACAUGAUCGAGCAAGAAGCCGAGGCUAGACGCAAUGAUCAGCCCGACCCGUUCAAUAUCAGCACUCAAAUGGAGUUGGGCCAGUAUCUCCUCCGACCACUGAUCGAUCAACAGCUCGCCGACCAAAACCUUACCCAGCGGCUUCGGCCCCCUCUCGAUCAAGGAGAAGUCCAGAGAGGCAACAAUGUAUUGCCCCCCGGCGUAGCUCGAGGAGCCGCCAACGAUGCCGCCAGAUUGCGUCUAUUGAUCACGUCGUUCGUGACCGGAAUAAUAGCGGGAUUGGCGCUUAUACUGCCAAUGCUGAUAACGGUCUUGGUCGGUGGCUUGGCUAUAACAUUGAUAAUAUCGAGUGCAGCUGCAAUUCUCUUCGCUGGGGGUUUGGCCUUCUUCACAGAUAUGCAGCCCGAAAGUGUUAUGGGAGCGGUUGCCGCUUACGCAGCAGUCUAUGUUGUUUUCGUAGGUGCUAGCCUCUAGUUACGACGUUCUAAGGCUAGCGUUUCCCUGGGCUUUCUCUCAAGGUUUAGUUGGCGGUGUCGCCGUAGAGUAGGAAAGGAAGUCGAAAGGCAGAAACGACCAACGCGCUUCGAUUUCAAAAUCUGGGAACCUGGUUGAGCGCCAGCGCGGCAUCCCAGUCUGGCGCAGGAGCAGAAGUCAUUGUCGAGAGGGGAAGAGGCGGGUUGCCAGUGUGUGCAAGGUGAGUACGUGAGCAGGCGAGUACGUGAGCAGGUGAGGCGGUG